AUGUUUUCUCAUCAAUCACUUAAUUCCAAAGAUAGUUUAGAUGAAUUUCUACCUAUGUUUCACAACAAAGAUAAUAACAAAGCCAUCUUGUAUCAAUAAGAAUAGAACAUAAUCAAAUACUUAAAACAAAUAGGCCUUGUCAUGAAAACUGAUCCACUAAAAAAAUAACAAGAACACUUCUAGUAAUAUUUUAUAAUACUCUUUUAUUAGAAAAUCGAAAAUAUUUGA